AAUUAAAGCUGAAUUGCUUAUGGCAAUUGAUUUCUUAUAUCUAAAAAAAUCAAUCAAGAGUCGUCGGAGGGAGAGAGAGAGAGAGAUGUCGUUGGAAGACGAGUCGAUCAGAGAAGGAGAUCUCGAGGAGGACUUGCCGUACGAUGCCGGAGAUAUGAUCGGCGAGUCGCAGCCUCCACCACCGCCGUCGACUACGGUGUUAUCGGAGAACAAGGAAAACGGUCCAAUUCUACCUCCACCAUUGGAUGUGCUGCCGGAGGAAGGCUUAGCUCUUCGAGAGUGGAGAAGGCAAAAUGCAAUUCGGCUGGAGGAGAAAGAGAAGAGGGAGAAGGAGAUGUUGAAGGAAAUAAUUGAUGAAGCUGAUGAAUACAAAGCAGAGUUUUACAAGAAAUGGAAGAUCAGAUGUGAGAACAAUAUAGCUGCCAACCGGGAGAAGGAGAAGUUGGCUUUGGAAAGCAGAGAAAAAUUCCAUGCAGAGGCUAACAAAACCUACUGGAAAUCAAUUGCUGAACUUAUACCAAAUGAAGUUCCUGCCAUUGAGAAGAAGGGUAAAAAGGGUAAAGAAAAGCAGCCUUCCAUUGUUGUGAUUCAAGGCCCCAAGCCUGGCAGGCCAACUGACCUUUCGAGGAUGCGUCGAGUGCUUGUCAAACUCAAACACAAACCUCCUCCGCACAUGACACCUCCACCCGAAUCCGGAGAAGAGGCUAAAACCGCUGAGUCGGCAAAGUCUCCGAUUCCAUCCAAGCCCGAAGGUAUAUCGGGUGUGGGUGUUGCAAAAUGAAAGUUGAUGGUGCUGCUUUGGGCAUAUAUUCUAGCAACAUGUAUGUAUAUAUUGCUUGUCUAAGUUCUUAGAACAUAUCUUUGGUCAUUUGGUGUGUAGAUAAAGAUAAUAGUCUGUUAUGUUUGUUGCUUUUGUUGUCUGAGAUGUUUAUUCCCUCAUGUCCAUGAACCAUUCAUUUUGACAUAAUGUA